GUGCUGCCAAUCAGUGCCACCUAUCAGUGCCAGUCAGUGCCGCAUAUCAGUGCCAUCAGUGCCACCUAUCAGUGCCAGUCAGUGCCACCUAUCAGUGCCAUAUAUGAGUGCUGCCUUUCAGUGCCCAUCAGUGAUGCCUGUCAAUGCCCAUCAGUGCCACCUACCAGUGUCUCCUCAUCAGUGUCCAUCAGUGCCACCUAUCAGUGUCCAUCAGCCUCAUUAGUGCUCAUCGGUGAAGAAGAAAAAUCAUUUAUUUACAAAAUUUUAUAA